CAUGUGAAUCACAACUAUUCAGUUAUGCCCUGAACUGCAAGAAAUAGAGGUGAAAAGAUGCUAAUACAAAUGAAACAAAAAAUCGCAUGACAAAAAGAAGCCCUAACGUUCUCCAAGGUGAGAGGGAAUGCUGGGAAUAAUAUGAGGUGAUGGAGCAUAUUGUUGGCGGUGUUAGGUGAACAUGAUGGUUGAGAAUGGAAAUUUGGAUUGCCUCCAAUCGUUGUCGAUCAUGCUUCAUUUAUGGAGCAGGCAAAAGGGAAGGAGAUCUUGAGUACAAGGUGUGUUCCUGUCACCUCAAAAAAGACUAAAAAAAAAAGAAAGAAAGAAAGAAAAGAAAAGAAAAGAUGGCUAAAAAUAGAAAUGCUACCAUGUAAAAAAAUUAACGAGCCAUUUCAUCUUGUAAGUAGCACAAAUUUUGGGAAUUCACAAGCGUGCUCUCAUGUAACAAGAAGUCCUACCCGAUUUUCACUCUCUCGUUUCCCUGUCUUUGGUGUCAAUUUUGAAUAUGUCCACCCUGUGAAAAAUCAGACGAAACAUCCUCGUUAUGCGUGCAAUUAACAAGAAGAAACAUCAGUGUUCUUCUUCAUCAUCAUCUAUCAUGAAUUCUUCCUUAUCCCUGCAAAAUCAAAACCAAAUUCUCUCGUUGAUCACGCAUACACCAACAUCCCAAUGAACAAAAAUGGACGAGGAUAGAGAGGAAAUACUAAUCAUUUGAUCUUCCUGUCCGUCAAGUUUCAACACACAAAUGCCUGUAGAAGACCCCACUUCUGGGCGCUUAUUGAUAUGGUUCAUCUCUUUCUUCAUGUUUAUUACUGUAGCUGCUGGAGGCAGCUUAUUGCUUAUGUAUCUUGUCCUCCCUUCAGACCCAUCUAGGGCUUGGCUUCCUGUUGCCGGUAUAGCCCUGGUUUGCCUGCCUUGGCUUUUUUGGUUACUUACAUGCAUCUAUCGGUUUCUUUCGCGAUUCUUUGGAUUUCGGGUUGCUAUUGGUUCUGGUGGCGGUGGUGGAGGAGGUGGUCGUGCUCGUGCAAAUGUUUUUAAUACGACAGGAAAUGCAGCAACUAAUGACCAGUCUGGUAACAUCGAAACUCAGGGAGAUGGAACGCGGGAUGAGUUUGAAGGGCCCACGAUAACGGUAGAGCAAAAUGAUAGUGGUGGCAAUGGAAAUGCUGCAAUUAAGAGGAAUUUAUCCUCAAGCAAUUCAAUCAACAACAUGUCUUUUAGAUCACAUGAGAGUGAAUUGCCAUUGACCUCAUCCAUGGCAUCUUGAUCAAUUCAUUGAGCUCAGGUGGAUUGAUCUUAUCUUUGGCAUGGGAUAUUGAUGAAACCUUCUCAAUUCAGUCUCUCUCUUGAUCAUGGAUGAAAUAUAGGCAAUUCACUCAUCCAUCUUUCAUUAUAAUUAUCUUGAGAUUGUUUCAAGAGUUUUGCUGCUUCUUCCCGGAUUAAUUGCUAGGGCAUUUUC